GGCAUGGAAAUUGUGCAGACUAUGAACAGCGACCCUGGCCUUGCUGUUGGUUACACAGCUUUUAAUGGUGUUGACUUUGAGGGCACUUUCCAUGUGAACACGGUGACAGAUGAUGACUACGCUGGCUUUAUUUUUGGUUAUCAAGACAGUUCUAGCUUUUAUGUGGUAAUGUGGAAACAGACUGAACAGACGUACUGGCAAGCGACUCCCUUCAGAGCUGUUGCGGAACCCGGCAUUCAGCUAAAGGCUGUGAAAUCCAAGACAGGCCCUGGUGAGCACCUCCGCAACUCCCUGUGGCACACGGGAGACACCAUUGAUCAGGUCCGGCUGCUGUGGAAGGACCCUCGAAAUGUAGGGUGGAAAGACAAAGUCUCCUACCGCUGGUUCUUGCAGCACAGACCUCAGAUCGGUUACAUCAGGGCAAGAUUUUAUGAAGGCUCUGACCUAGUGGCAGACUCUGGUGUGACUAUAGACACCACGAUGCGUGGAGGACGGCUUGGAGUUUUCUGCUUCUCUCAGGAAAACAUUAUUUGGUCCAACCUGAAAUACCGCUGCAAUGACACCAUCCCAGAGGACUUUCAAGAAUUUCAAGCUCAGCAGUUUGGCGUUGGGGAUAUUUAAAAAGUAAACGCAAACUAACACUGCUAUUGCAAACAAUAAAACAAUAUAUUUUAAAUCUUUAUAUGAUUGUUGUAAGCGUGCGCACCACAGCUUGUUCUUAUUGAUGUGACUAUGUCAGACUUUUUUUUGUAUAAAAGUGAAAAUAAAAAGGAGACAAAA